ACUGUGCAGGCCGGAGAGUCUCUCCACGCCUCUCUCUCUCCGGCUGUCUGACUGAACGUUGCGGGUUCUCAAACCGACACUCUAAGUCUGAAAACACAAUUACACGCAAAAGCCGUAUGCGUGGAUAUCAUGCAGUCACAUGAAACCUCUUUAUUUCUAGCUGAUAAACACACCAACCACUUCUCCUCUUCCUCUUUUUGGUGCGUUUUUCUCUGUGCGUAAUCGAAGGGGAAGACUGGAUUUAGAGACGGGGAAAACAGGAAUGUUUCUUCCGGUAUCAAAGAGUGUGAAACCCGAACGGAAGCCCAUGUGGUCUUUGUAGUCUGUCAACAUACUCUUGUCUUCCUACCUUCGCUUCCGCUACUUGUGCCUCACUGAAUGCUGUACAACUCAGCUCUGCUGCCGGCUUUGGUUUCCCCACGACUGCAGGAAAAACCAUUGAGACAAGAGAGAGGCCUCUGUCUCCAGAACUGCAGCCAACCUUUCUCAGAACUCUAACUGACCCCCCCUCCUCCUUCUUUCCACUCCAUAACCAUAACCUACAAACCUCCAGCCAGCUGCUAGCUGCUUUACCACAGACACGGUUGGCAAUCGCUAUUCCUGGGCAGAAGGAUCGACCAUCGUCCCCCGACUGGUCUCGGACUGGUGCGCCUUCAGUGGGGGAGGGAGGGGAAGGAAGGCAGCUGAACGCCGUGCAGCUUUCCCCGGAGAUGAAGCUGCAGGCUGUCAUGGAGAACCUGCACAGGCAGCAGAGGGCCAAGCUGCUUAUGGAGCAGCAGCUACAGCAGCAGGCCGCCACCCAACACAAUCAGGUCCGCACAAUUGUUGGUGGAGGGGAUGAGCCGAUGGGGAGCCCGGCCCCUGAGGCAGAGCAGGCCCAAAUGGCAGCACUGGCUGCCAUGCGUGCCGCAGCGGCCGGGCUGCAGAGGGUGACGGACAGCCCUAUGUCAGAUCGCAGCAGCGGCGGCGAGGACGAAGGUGAUGAGGAUGAUAAUGAAGACGGGGAGGAGCAUUACAAGGACAUGAUGGGGUCAGAUGAGGAGGAGCAGAUCAAACAGAAAUGGGACGAGGAAGACUUUGAAGGCGAGAUGGAAGAAGACUUUGACGACGACCUGGCGGAGGAGGGUCUGUCGACCGGGCAUGACACAGUGGCUCCCGGGAAGGGCAUCUUCCUGCUGCCCCACCGUCAACUCCACCCCCACUCCCAGCUACUGAAGGCCCGUCCCAGUGUCGACCAGGAGACCCGCGUAGCCAUUCUGCCUCCCCACGCCACGCACAGCCAUCUGGGCGGGCAGGACCACGGCGAGUGGACCUACGAGGAGCAGUUCAGACAGCUGUAUGAACUGGAUAGAGACCCAAAGAGGAAAGAGUUUCUGGAUGACCUCUUCAGCUUCAUGCAAAAAAGAGGAACCCCAGUGAAUCGUAUUCCCAUCAUGGCCAAGCAGGUUCUGGAUCUGUACAUGCUCUAUAUGCUGGUGACAGAGAAGGGCGGCCUGGUGGAGGUCAUCAACAAGAAACUGUGGAGGGAGAUCACCAAGGGACUCAACCUGCCUACCUCAAUCACCAGUGCAGCCUUCACCCUCCGCACACAAUACAUGAAGUACCUAUACCCAUAUGAAUGUGAUAAGAGGAGUCUGAGCAACCCCAACGAGCUCCAGGCAGCCAUCGACAGUAAUCGGCGGGAGGGCCGCCGACAGAGCUUUGGCAGCUCCCUAUUUACCUAUUCGCCCAACGGGACGCCCACCAUGCUCUCCUCACCGAAGCUCCCGUCAGCCAGUGUGGGUCUGACGGUUGGCACCAACGGGGCCUCGCUUACCCCCAUCCAGAAGAUCAAGAAAGAAGAGGAAGGAGGCCAGCCACUGCCGGGUCUCGGUGUGGCUCGUCUGCCAGCGGGCCUUGCGGGCCACACAGUGGCUGCUGUGCAAGUAGCGGCAGCUCAGGCAGCUCAGAUGGCGGCUCUGGAGCAGCUGAGGGACAAACUGGAGGCCGGCGAGCCACCAGAGAAAAAGAUGGCGCUGUCGGCCGAGGAACACCACCGACUGCUGCAGAGAGCUCUGCAACACAACCUGCUGGCCAUGACCACUCAGAUACCCAUGAACAUCCGCAUCAAUAACCAAGACAGCAGGCAGGACUCGGCCCUGAACCUUACCACAAACGGCACAAGCAGCAUCAGCAUGUCAGUGGAGCUGAAUGGAGUGGUGUACACUGGCGUUCUUUUUGCUCAGGCAGCAGCAGGAACGUCCGUCUCCAACAAGACGGUCAGCAGUCGUGUCGCUCCACAGCAGCAGCAGCAGAACACACCUACCUCAACCUCAUCCUCAACCUCCAGCAACCUGUUGUCUUAACUGGCCUUUCCCCUUCUUUUUUUUUAAGUACCACGCUAAGUAAAGCCAAAAAUCAACCUCAUUUUCUACAUAAUCUAUGCCAAAAAGAGAAGAACCAUCAACUGUACAGAAAGACACAAACUGAAACUCCGAUCACUUGAAGUACACUAUCUCAGGUUUUCGCUCACCAACUCGCCUCUUUUGUUCUUCAUAGCCAAAAUGAUUUCGGGAAAAAAAAAAGAAUAUCUCAACUGAGAGCCAGUAUAUGCUAAACAAAUAUGUAUGCACAACCUGUAAAUUAUUUAUUUCUGCAUAAAUGUACAGAUUGUUGGAGAACAAAAGAGAAGGUAAUAACUAGGAAGGUUAAUGCACUGUUUACACACACAAACACAGCUACUGAUUGACAGCAAUGUUUUAUCCUCUAGGGGAGGGAUUUUGUUUAUUUUAUUUUACCUUUUCAUUGUCAUUAUUGUUAUUCUCUUUACUGUGUUUUAUCAUUUAAAUCUUUACCAAUCCCCUCACUGCAGGAAAAAAAUAUAUAUAUAUAUAUUUAGAAUUCUAUGAAAAGAAAAUAUGAAUAGCCUCUAUUUUAAAUCAGAAAAGCUUUAAAGGUAUAUGUUGUUUCGUUAGGGCAUAUAACAAUUUACCGUUGUGACCUCAUUUUGUGUAAAACCUUAUUCACAUGGCAGCCAUUUUGGAUCCCAAUUUGGAAGAGUCUGGUGCCGGUCUGCGGCAUGCCACAGAUUCUCCAGUGAAACACAAAUGGAAAACAGAAUAUUGGUUCACUUUUUCACACAUUUUAUCUAUUAUCUAUUGCUACCAGAGUCUCGUCAGUAGCGAGUUAGCUAGAGUGCUAUGUAGCUGAUGAAUUCCAGCAGUCUUUUUCCUGAGACAGCUGGCUCAUUUUGAAUUAAAAUCCUUACCUGCUUGUUGACAUAAGGACCGUUUAAUGUAUAUCUGUGCCAGUCUUGCAGGUAGUUUGUCAAGUUAGUGUUCAAAAUCGCUGUUUUCUAAGGUCAGGUGGGGAAAAUGAACUAAAGCCUUUCUUGAGUUUUUUUUUUUUUCCUGCUCGAUGCAUCUCAACACGCUGGACUUUCUGAGCCUCAGUGGCGUCCACACCAACUGUUGCUGUUUGGGCUUCAGAUCGUAUGUGAAUAACGUUUCUGAUUGUUCUCAGGUGUCCGUCAGCUCAUCGCUUUGUACAAUCUCUUGACAGAGCAAUGUAUUUAACAUCUUUCUCUGCGGAAAGAUCAAUUUUUAAUUUUAAUUUUUUUUCUAACUUGGCCUUCUAGUGGAGUGAUUGUCUUAAGGUCAUAUGCAUGCCUGUAUUUGUAGAUAAAGCCCUUCAGGGAUCAGGAGUGAGGCAGGAAAACUGUGAUUUCCUGUCUUAAAUUCACAGGAGUCGUGUAUCCACUAAAUCCUUGUCAUUGUGGAGACACUCACGUGGACAAUCAGGUGUCAGGAGACGCUAUCUGAGCUUCAGAGCAACUUAUUAACUUUAGUUACUUCAGCUCAUAUCGGACGUUUUGUUGUUGUUUUGUAUUAUAGAUUACAGAUGAUUUUAUUUUUUGUUUCAGCUUUGUGUUUUACAUGAUUUAGUGCUUCUUCUGAUCCAAGUGCUUCUUAUCCUGUGUUGUGACAAGGACCAGGUCUCCUUGAGGCUGGCUGUCAAGGAUAUAACAGAGAAUGUCUUGUGAUCUUCUGACUAUUUUUUUAGAUGUUGCUUAAUUAGGGAUUUUGACAAUGUGAUCUCAGAGGUAAUAGCUGUGGCUGAGCGCUUGCUUGUGUCUUAUUGUUUGUACAAACACUCACUGCAGUUAGAUUUAUAAAAAGUGAAAUCUGCCACAGUGGAGAUACCAUAUCAUUCAUGUGUAGUUGUGUUUCUGCAUUUUGAAGUCAAUCAAUCUAUCAGCUUUUUGAACUUUAACCUGUGUUACCUCUCUAGACUGUUAAAGAUUGUUACUCUACCCACCCAACCCCACCCCGACGCAAAGCAGCCUCAUUCCUACUGACGUUAGGAAGUAAAUCAGGCUUUGUAUGUGGGUUCUGUUUGGAGGCCUUAACACAGCAUGAGAUGACCAGAGAGCCAGCAGUACCUCCGUCUAAUCAGUUUUUACUGUUCCAGUCAAAUAUCACCAGAUGGCCGUUGCGGCUUUGAUUCUGGACUCGCUUCUCGGUGGGAAAUCACCACCAGCUGCUACGCAAACACUGUUCAGUUUUGUAAAGUAGGCUACUUUACCAUUACUCUCAUUCAAAGACACACACAAUAAUGAAAUGCUCUGAUAAAAUAGUGAGAAGUGAACUGUCCAGCCUCACUUGUUUUAAUACAUCCUACAAAAAGAAAAGUGAAGCUUUAGUUGGAUUUUAAGUUAGUUUGUCAGAGGCAGAACCAGGGGUUAAUGCAUAGACUGUAAAGGUGAAGCCAAAACAUCUAGACUGCCCCCCUGGUGGCUGGCUGCAGUACAGGUCAUAAAUCCCACUCCCUCCAUGUUAGUUGCUGGGACAUGUGCCAAACAAAAAAAUCACACGUCAAACACAUUUUCCCUAAGAUGGUUUCUGUCAUUCCUGUCAUCAGGUAGUUCUUAUCACUCAAUGUAUGUUGAAGUGUUCAUUUUUCUGAUACGUUUGGUUUUUAUUUGUUAUUUGAUGCUAUAAAAACGGGGUGAAACGUCAUGAUUGACAGCUGUGAUUGACUCGCGAUUGGUCGGGUGGGUGUAUUGGUGGGACUGCCCAAUCACUACUGCGCAGACCGUUUUUGGGAUAUUUUGGCUUUACUUUUGUACAGUGGGAGGAAGUGGAGAGACAUCGUCCAUCUUUAUACAGGCCUACAGUCUAUGGACAGAACUGAAAGCAGAGACAGGAUGUCAUUGGUUGUGUUAAAUCUCAAUGAAGCUGAAAACCAUAGUGUUUCCAUAGUGAGGAAAGAGAAAUUCUUGUCAAAUAUUUUAACAGGCAGCUGACUCUCCACAUGGGGGCUCUUUAUGUCUCAUAGUUGCUGUUUUCUUUGUGGGUGUUUGAGUUUUACAUUUUUACACUAGUAUCACCUGUCGGCUAAAAUAACUACUGUUAGGAAAACUGGUCAGAUGUCCGCAAUGGCACCUCAGCUCCACCCAACCACGACCCUGCAACACACACAAACACGCACACACACUAUGCGGGACCGAGGCAAAGGAUGCUGGGGCCGUCACACUAUAUACAUAAAUAAUGAUGGAGAAUCAUUGCGUCUCACUAUCGCUAACCUUCAGUGGUUGUUAACUACUCAAACCAGAACUCACUUUGUGAUUGUACAAUACCAACUGUAAGCUUUUUGUCAUGAUCAUUGAGCUUUCUCAGGCACUUAAUUAAUAAUCAUUAAUAAUUUCAAUAGGUCCCAAGUUUAUAGUUACUCAACACAAAAUACAGAACUUUGCAGCUGCAAACUUGCAGUUGUUGGCUGUCUUAUUGUUGUAGUUUUGGCAUAACAAUCUUUGAAUCACUCAAACAAUGCUGAUCAUGUUGAUUAUUAAUCAUUUUCAUAGACCUUACAUACAACAAUACGAAUGUUACGCUCUAUGUUUUAUCUGGUGUUCCUUUUCCUUCUCCGUUAAUAUUUAAGCUAUAGCCAUUGUCUUUUUAUAUGGUAUAACAACUUGCUUUGAUUUUGGAGCAUCAAAAUAGAAUUUUCAAUUCCAAGAAACACGGAAAAAAAUGGCUAAACUAGCUUUAGCUGAGGCUAUCUCCGCAGUUUUUAUGAAUUUUCCAUGUUUUUUUCCCUCCAAAAAUAUAUAUUUGAUGGUAUAACGGUUUCUGUGGUAAAGUACGAUGUCAAAAAUUCUGAUUCUGGGGUUAACUCAGUUCUGACCAAAUAUGUAAUUACUAUGUUUUGCCUUUGUAGGGCAGAAUAGUCUCUACAGUAAUGGUGCUAUGCCAAUCCAUAUAGGCCAUAACUAUGACAAAAAGUCCCAGGGUAAAAAAAAGAAAUUAAUUUUACAUUUAGGGUUGUCUUUCUCCUCGAUUACCGUACUCUGUGCAACCAGCUGUAAAUGUCAUGAACUACAAUGUUAAAGGAGGUUUUUACUUUGUCUGUUUGGUGGCACUCAGAAAGCCCACCAUGUAUCUCUCUCUCUCUCUCUCUCUCUCUCUCUCUCUCUCUCUCUUUCUGUGAGUAGCAGAUGUCACAGUUGCUGAUAAUGGCUGACAAUCAAAAGAGAAAUGCAUGGCUGAAAGCAUUAGUGUUGUAGCAUUGUGGGGGAGGGCUGCUGCAAUCAAAAUUCAAUCAAUACUGAUCUAAAGGAUCAGCAUUGCUUUUUUAGAUUUGACCCUGUGACCUUUUGGCCCCUGAGCUAAACAUUCAAGCACCUGCUCUCUUCAAUGGAUCCGUGUUUACCACAUAUAUCUAUCGACCGGCUCUGUAAGAUAUUUGCAUUUAAACAGUGGAGGUACUGUUUUCUCGCUCUCGUUCUUGCUCUCUUUUAGUAUAUGCACGGCAGCAUCUUCAGGGAGUGGUUUUAAUUGCGUGGUAGCGACAAUCCGACGAUGUUAUGACAACACAGUAUACCUCCAAACACUCUGACAUCCCUUCAACCACAAUCAAGCCCUGUUUCUACCUCAAGAACUAAUAAAGCUUUGGCAAAUAUGUUUUUUGCUUCAGCCACAACAGACUGUUCAAGCAGGAAAAUCUCAUCGAAAUGUUGUUAAUGCUGGUUUAUGAAGACAUUGACUAUGAAAGAGAUUGUAAUUAUCACAGACAAUCAGAUAUCACUUUUGGUUAUUUGGUUAUUGCAAGGGGAACCAGAGAUGUCAGUAUAGUUGAGGGUUAGGUUCAAGCUUCAACGUCUUAACCAAGAGCUCCCCUCAGUGGGAAGUUUUUGUCAUGACGCAGAAUCACUUUAGAUUUCUCAAAUGGAAACACAAAAAGGUCUGAGCUAAGGCUGCAAAGAUUCAAUGUCCUUCACUCUGAACAUUUACUGCUAACAAAUUAGAUAUUUUCAGUGUUCAUAUCUUCAUUUUCUUCCAGUGUUUCCAGUAUUUUUGUCUUGUUAAGGCGACAAAGCCUUUUUAGAUCAUUAUAACGGGAUACUAAAAAGUUCCACUGAUUUAAAAAAAAAAAAAAAAAAAAAAACGUUGUUUAAAAGGCUCCACUGAAAACAAACUCUGUUAAAAGCAUUCACUUACAUAAUUCAUUUAGUAAAAGUAAAAAUAAAAAUAGUAAACAAUCAAUAAUCAAACAUCCUGUCUCUGUCCCAUCUGUUUCUCUCCAUCAGGCAGGUUCCUCAAUAUUUUAAGAAACAUUGGAGCAAUGUGGCAGUGAAAACUGUAUGAGUCUUAACUCAGUAUGAAACCAGAAGUUGUUCUUAGUUUUGAAAAGAGUUUAUAGGAGGUUUUGGUUCAGAUUUGUUUCUGAAUGUGACCAGCUGCUUUUUAUGUCUGUAGCUGCUUUGUUUUCAUCAUUAGCUAAGACGAUGCUUGCACAAGACUUUGUGUCUGUAGUUCUUGUCAAAGUUAUAUUAUUGUUGUGUGGUAAUGCAGUUUAAAAGCGUGGGUUGAUUUGAAAAGUCUGCUUGUUUGGUGCGUUCACAUGCUGCCGGGAAAACACUUUUUCAUCACGUUCUGAAUGCAUUUUGUUUGUCUUUGAGUUUGAUUUUGCGACAAUAUGGGUAGUAAAUGUAGUGUCUUUCAGGGCCUGACUCCCAAUCAGCACAAACCCUCCAAGUCUCUUGUGGUUGACUUGCUCACUCUAUGUCAUAACUUUUAAGUGUUUUACACUGAAAUGUUGCUGCUUUCACUCCCACCAGAGCCGUAGCUAAAUAACCUCUUGAAACCUUACUAGAUCCAGAGUGUCCUGCAUCGAAAAUUGACAAUGACUCCUGCUCCCACAUGUUGCCGACAUGGAAUUCUGCUGGAACAUUUACGGGUUAAGGUGCCUGUUGGGAUUAGGGGCUUUUGACUGAACUUCACCACUGACUUUACCUCCAUCAAGGGGGGAUGUGGACAAGGUGACAAAGCUGUGACAAUUGUAUGAAUUAACCUGUAUUACUAAGAUUCAUUAAAUAGAAUAUUUCUGAAAUAUGGCUUUUUAGGGCUAUGAAUUAUAUCAUGUUCAUAUUGUUUUUGCUUUUUCUUUGCUUUCUGGAUAUGCUUUAGCAAUCCUGGCAUACAGAGAUUACAUUUAAAACAGAUUUGUUAAUACAGCGAUAAUGAUGAUAAUAAUCGUGAUUAUUUUAGGGAAGCAUACUGUAUGAUGCGUGUGUGGGCUUCACGUGGCUUCAAGUUUACUUCAGAAUUGAAACAAGGCUCUUGUCUCUUUCAACUUGUCAGGAAAAUCUAUCUCUACCUUCAGUUUGAUGCAUUUAACCCAGUUCAAGUUACAAUUUUGUGGGUACGCAAAGAGGGCGUGAGAGUGGUCACCAAGGUCUGAAAUCAGCUACAACAUACCAGUAUAGUACUUAAAAAGUAGUUAGGAUCUCAUGACACACGUGCAUUUGUAUUGAAAACGAGUAUUGUGGUGUAAUUAUAUCAUCUAAAUACUCUCAACAGAUAUUAUCACCCUGGUAGGUGACUGGGAGGUUUAUUUUGGACUCUGGGGUGUCGUUCUCCGUCUCUCCGUCUCUCUCUGUGUUACAGGUUCGUAACACUUCUGCUGUUUAGUUUAUUUGAGCAUCAACAGGGAACCUCCAACUCAACAGAUAACUACAACAAGUAGUGCUCCCAGGAGCACCGUUAGUACUGUGAGUCGUUUUUCAGUCUGUUCUAUGAAUGUGUGCUUAUUCCUCCUUUUUCUAUAAAUGAUUCAAUUAGUUUAAUGAAUGGGAUGUUUCCUGGUAACCACGUCGGGCAAUGCAACUGUUUUAUUUUUUCUUAUCUUUUUUUUUUUGGAAGGGUGAAGAUUUUUUCUUGCCUAUUUACUCAAUAUGUGUUUGUGUGAAUACUUUUAUUUAGAAUUUGAAAUUAAUAAAAUAUCACUUUUCUUAAAUGUCA